AUGAUGGGGUUUAGUGUUAGACAAAAACUGAAGAGGGAGGACAAAAGAGGUUACACAUUAGAAGUUCAGUAUUACAAGGAGGAAGAAUGGGAGGAUAAUUGGAAAGUGAUUGUGAAUAAAUAUAGAUUGACGGGAAAUGCAUUGGUGGAAGCACAAUAUGGCACAAGAAAGCAGUGGGCUGAUACUUUUCUUUGUGGUUUUUAUUUUGGUGGAGCUACUGCUACCGAUAGAUGUGAAUCUAUUAAUGCAUUAUUGAAAAGAGAUUUGCAAAAUAAAAUACCAAUGUGGAUGUUUAUACAACACUUUGACCAUGUUUUAUCUAUGUUACAUUACAACAAAAUGAAAGAGCACUACAAAACUAAUUUGACUGAACCAGUUUUGAACCAGACAACUAUGUCGUGUGUGGAGGAUGAAAUUUCUUCAAUUUUCACAAGGAAAAUUUUUACAAGGAUAAGAAAGGAGAUACGACGUGGCGAUAAUUAUAUUGUCCUGAAGGACGAUAAGAUACUAGAUUACACUCUUUGUUUGGUCAAAAAAUACAUUGGUUUUGGAUUAAAGCGCAAAGUGUUAAUCUCCAAUGAUGGGGAUGAUGUGCGAUUUGAUUGCUAUUCUUUUGAGACAAAAGGAAUUCCAUGUAGACAUAUUUUUAUUUCAUUGAAGAAUUUGGAGAGAAGAAGUUUGCCAAUUUGUAUGGUAAAUAGACGUUGGUUAAAAGAUGCUAAAGAAGUUCAAUUGUUGACUCAAGGUAAUGAAAGAAAGUGUCCUCAUCUUGAAGUUAUUGAAAAUUCUAGGUACGGUGGUAUAACAACACAAACUACUAUCACAUCGUACCUUGCUAUAAGAUUGCGAGAAGCAUUCCAAAAGGCUAUGAAAGAUAUAUCAGAGUUGAAUGCAUAA